AUGUCUUCCAGCAGAUCCAUCGAGAUAAUUCCACGCAGGAACUCUGAACGAGGUCAUGCAGAUCAUGGUUGGCUUAAAACCUUUCAUACAUUUUCGUUUGCCAGUUACCAUGAUGAGGGACACGAGUCUUUUGGUUCUCUCCGCGUCUUGAACGAGGACCGCGUGGCUCCUCGUACUGGCUUUGGAACGCAUAGCCAUCGAGAAUUUGAAAUCUUCUCCUACGUGAUCAGUGGUGCGCUCGAGCACGAAGAUUCAUUGGGCAACACCGAAGUACUAUCUCGCGGCGCCCUCCAGAUGACCUCCACUGGAACCGGCAUCCAUCACUCUGAGAAAGCCUACGGCUCUCAAGAGGUACAUUUCUGUCAGAUAUGGGCAUCUCCUCGUCCCGGCCUUGGCACGGGCAAACCCGCAUAUUUCACCAGAUAUUUCAGCGACGAAGAAAAGCGAAACCAAUUCAGGCUCAUUGUUGCGCCUUCGAAUUCGUCCGAGGUCUCGCUUGAAAGGGAGACUGGUGGACCUGCCCCAAUUCGCUCGCAGCUUCGCGUGUAUGCGUCGCUUAUGGAUCCUGGUACCUCCCUCGUGCACGCGUUUCACCCAAGUCGCAGUCCCGAGAGGCGGAAAGCGUAUAUUCACGUCGUUCAGAAAUCGGGAUACAAUCCUGGGAACGCCGCUGGCGCCAGGCUGCGCGUUGGUGCUCAUAUCGAGGGGCCGAUAAUCGAGCUCAGAGAGGGAGAUGGGUCAUAUCUACUUGUGGGGAAGAACGCUGAACUGAAGGUUGAGAACGCAGGGGUUGGGGAGGUUGAGUUUCUACUAUUUGAUAUGGAGUAA